GAUGGCGCUGCUGGGGGCCCCGCGGAGCCUGGCGGCCGCUGCCGGCCGUAAGCGGCGGCUGCUCGCCCUCACCCUGCUCCGUCCUCCGGCGGCAGCCGCCGCCUGCUCGCACCGGUGGCUAACGGGGAACGGCCGGCAGCGGCCCCGGGCGGCCCCGCGGAGCGGCCAGGUUCCACCAAUCUGCAAGCAAAGAUCAUGGCACAGUCUGGGGGGAGAUUAUACAAGGCCGUUAUUAGAGGCUUCAGAGAUCCUCCCGAGGUGGCAACUGAUAGAAAAGAGAACAUGUUGGCAUGGUCAUGCAGGUGGAGGGCUUCAUACAGACCCAAAGGAAGGGCUGAAAGAAAUAGAUGCCAAAAAGAUCAUCAGAGCAAUGUUGUCUUAUGUGUGGCCCAAAGACAGACCAGACCUGAGAGCCAGAGUUGCCAUAUCCCUAGGCUUUUUAGCAAGUGCAAAGGCCAUGAAUAUAUUGGUUCCCUUCAUGUUUAAAUACGCAGUAGACAGCCUUAACCAGAUAUCUGGAAACAUCCUCAACCUCAGCGAUGCACCAAGUACAGUGGCAACUGUGGCAACUGCUGUUCUCAUUGGCUAUGGUAUCUCAAGAGCUGGGGCAGCGCUAUUUAACGAAGCUAGAAAUGCAGUAUUUGGGAAGGUAGCUCAGAAUUCAAUCAGGAGGAUAGCAAAGAAUGUGUUUCUGCACCUUCAUAACCUGGAUUUGGCAUUCCAUCUAAGUAGGCAAACCGGAGCUCUGUCAAAAACCAUCGACAGAGGAACAAGAGGCAUCAGUUUUGUUCUUAGUGCUUUAGUAUUUAAUCUGGGACCUACAAUGUUUGAAGUGGCACUAGUCAGUGGAAUUCUGUAUUACAAAUGUGGUGCAGAGUUUGCUUUAGUGACUCUGGGGACACUAGGAGCCUAUGCAGCAUUCACGAUAGGGAUUACUCAGUGGAGGACUAAGUUUCGAAUAGAAAUGAACAAAGCAGAUAAUGAUGCUGGUAAUGCUGCGAUUGACUCACUACUGAAUUAUGAGACUGUGAAGUAUUUCAAUAAUGAAAAAUACGAAGCCCAGCGGUAUGAUGAGUUCUUGAAGAGAUAUGAGAAUGCCUCCUUGAAGACUACCUCUACUUUGGCUCUCCUCAACUUUGGACAGAGUGCUAUAUUUAGCGUUGGCUUGACGGCCAUCAUGGUGCUUGCCAGCCAGGGCAUUGUUGCAGGCAGCCUUUCUGUUGGAGAUCUAGUAAUGGUGAAUGGAUUGCUGUUCCAGCUUUCUCUUCCCCUAAACUUCCUGGGAACAGUAUACAGAGAGACAAGACAAGCACUUAUAGAUAUGAAUACCUUGUUUACACUUCUCAGUGUAGAUACCAAAAUUAAAGACAAAGAGCUGGCUCCACCCCUGCAGAUCACACCACAGACUGCUGCCAUCACCUUUGAUAAUGUGCAUUUUGAAUACCUUCAGGGACAGAAAGUCCUUGCUGGAAUGUCUUUUGAAGUCCCUGCAGGAAAGAAAGUGGCCAUUGUAGGAGGUAGUGGGUCAGGGAAAAGCACAAUUGUGAGAUUAUUGUUUCGUUUCUAUGAACCUCAGAAAGGAAAUAUUUACAUUGCUGGACAGAACAUACAAGAUGUCAGUUUGGAAAGUCUGAGAAAGGCAAUAGGAGUCGUACCUCAGGAUGCUGUUCUCUUCCAUAAUACUAUCUACUACAAUCUGCUCUAUGGCAAUAUCGGUGCAACAGCAGAAGAAGUGUAUGCAGCAGCAAAGCUGGCAGGAAUCCACGAUGCAAUUCUUCGAAUGCCAAAUGGUUACAACACUCAGGUUGGGGAACGAGGACUCAAGCUUUCAGGAGGAGAAAAGCAAAGAGUUGCAAUUGCUCGAGCAAUGUUAAAGGAGCCAUUUAUUCUUCUCUAUGAUGAAGCCACAUCAUCUUUAGAUUCAAUUACAGAAGAGAAUAUUCUCAGUGCCAUGAGGGACAUGGUGAAGCACCGAACGUCAGUUUUCAUUGCUCACAGGUUGUCAACAGUAGUUGAUGCAGAUGAAAUCAUUGUGCUGGAUCAGGGUAAAGUUGUGGAACGUGGUAGACACACAGACCUCCUUGCAAGUCCUAGCAAUCUCUACUAUGAAAUGUGGCACACACAGAGCAGCAAAGUACUCGAUAGUCAUAACCAUCCAAACUGGGAAGAGAGGAAUAAUCGUAUGUCCAAAGAGGAGGAAAGGAAGAAACUAGAAGAAGAGAUCACCAAUAGUGUGAAGGGCUGUGGAAACUGUUCAUGCUAAGUAUGAUCUUGGCUUAAUCUUGUCUAAGAGGUUAAGGAUGCACAAGAUGACAGUGAAGCGCAGCCCUUGUUUUUAAGUCAGUGUUCAAAUACUUCCUGGGUUUUGCAGUUUUGGGGUUUUUACAGUUUCUCAGAGGGACAUAAUUUCAACCAAAGGAGUUCUAUUUUUUCAUCUUUAGGAAUCUCUAAUAUUCAGUGGCAUCUGCAGGAGGUGAGCUCAAAAACUUCAAACUUCUCAGCUAAGAGUGUAAUUUAUGGCAGGCUUUAGGCAUUGGUAAACCCUCCUGGCAGAUGCUUGAGGUGCAUUAUUAAACUGUAAACAGGUUUGUCCUCAAUUUACAUUAUUUCUCAUCAUUAAUGGUUGAUAAAUGUCACCAUUUAAAUUGAGCUAAUUUGAACUUAUUUGCUAGAGAGGAAGAUGCAAUAUAAAUUCUUCAGUGGUAUUUUGGUUUAAAAUGUUCUUCCUUGUAAAGAAGAAGAAAAGCCUCCACAAAAUAUCAGAGGCUUCUAGUAGCAAUAAAUACUGGAAUUAGCCAUCUCACCCUUCAAAACCACCUUUCAUACUGGGCUAUCAGACCAUGCAUUGGUAUUACUCUAAAAGAGAACUAACAGAGCUGGCAAGAGUCUGGAAUUGACAGAAUAUUGUGUGACUUCACGGAAAACCACCACAAUGUUGGAUGUGAAUAUGAAGAAUUGGGAGCUGCCCUUAAAUUAAAGAAUCUGAACUCAAAGAUUCUGUAUCCUCAGCAUCUGCUGUAGUAGUCAAAGCAGAAUUCAGUCCCUUUUUCUAUUUCAGUCGUGGUCCUGGGGUGCAAUUAAGAUUCAAUAAAGACUUCCAUAAAUUUC